AUGAUCAUAAAAUUUCUGUAAUUUUUAGUAAACCUAACAUCUAUUGACAACACAUUUAUCUAAUGUGGAUCUAAUUCUUUACAUAUGUUAGUUUAGAUGAAGGUGGAACUCAAGAACCAAUCUUUAGAUAAUAUUAGGAUCAAGAAUACAUCUUUAAUUGGAGGUAACUUUGUAACAUGCAACUUAAAUGGAUCGGAAUUUGUUAAUGUAGACAUCAGUGUAGUGAAUUUGAAUGGUGCAUAACUAUUCAAUUGUAAAUGGAGGAACAUUAAAAUCCAUGAAUUGAAUAAAUUAUUAGAUGGUCAUAGUGGAUAUGUUAUGUCAGUCUGUUUCUCUCCUGAUGGAAAUACAUUAGCUUCUGGUAGUGUAGAUAACUCUAUCCCUCUUUGGGAAAUUAAUAACAAGUAUUUUUCAGAUUAUAGAUUUAAAGAAAUUUAGGUUAAAAAUGCAAGAUAUCCUUUUUUUAACACUCCUUUGCAGUAAAAGAAUAUUAUUUAAAAUUUAGAUACAUCUAAUAUUAUGGUUUACCAAGACUUCAAUUUUUCAAGGUUUAAGAGAGUUUUUUAUAAAAAAGCGUUUCCUUUUAAGAGAAUUAUUGGAGUAACACUUGA